UGCCGGCCCAUGAGCCGGCGGGAGGAGGCGGCGGGAUACGAGCGCGUCCUGGAGCUGGACGUGAAGCUGGGCCAGGUGAGCAUCCGCAACCCCCGCGCCGCCCCCGGGGAGCUGCCCAAGACCUUCACCUUCGACGCCGUGUACGACGCCAGCUCCAAGCAGGCCGACCUCUACGACGAGACGGUGCGGCCGCUCAUCGACUCGGUGCUGCAGGGCUUCAACGGCACCGUCUUCGCCUAUGGCCAGACCGGCACCGGCAAGACCUACACCAUGCAGGGCGCCUGGGCGGAGCCGGAGAAGCGCGGCAUCAUCCCCAGCGCCUUCGAACACAUCUUCACCCACAUCUCCCGCUCGCAGAACCAGCAGUACCUGGUGAGGGCCUCGUACCUGGAGAUCUACCAGGAGGAGAUCAGGGACCUCCUCGCCAAGGACCAGAGCAAGAAGCUGGAGCUGAAGGAGAACCCCGAGACCGGGGUGUACAUCAAAGACCUUUCCUCUUUCGUGACCAAGAACGUCAAGGAGAUCGAGCACGUGAUGAACCUGGGCAGCCAGACGCGCUCCGUGGGCAGCACCAACAUGAACGAGCACAGCUCGCGCUCCCACGCCAUCUUCCUGAUCACCAUCGAGUGCAGCGAGACGGGGCCGGACGGCGAGGAGCACAUCCGCGUGGGCAAGCUCAACCUCGUGGACCUGGCCGGCAGCGAGCGCCAGAACAAAAUGGGGGCCCACGGAGAGCGCCCCAAGGAAGCCUCCAAGAUCAACCUCUCCCUCUCGGCCCUGGGCAACGUCAUCUCGGCGCUGGUGGACGGCCGGAGCACGCACAUCCCCUACCGGGACUCCAAGCUCACCCGCCUGCUGCAGGACUCCCUUGGGGGCAAUGCCAAGACAAUCAUGGUGGCCACCUUGGGCCCGGCCUCCCACAGCUACGACGAGAGCCUCUCCACCCUCAGGUUUGCCAACAGGGCCAAGAACAUCAAGAACAAGCCCCGGGUGAACGAGGACCCCAAGGACACCUUGCUGCGCGAGUUUCAGGAGGAGAUCGUCCGGCUGAAAGCCCAGCUGGAGAAACGUGGGAUGCUGGGGAAGAAGAGGAGAAGGAGCAGCCGGAGGAAGAAGGCAAUGGAUGGAGAGGGCACCGUGGACAAUGAAGGGGAGGAUGAGAAUGAGGAUGGCCUGGAGAAGAACAUGGAGAAUUACUUGAAGGAGCAGAAGGAGAGGCUGGAAGAGGAGAAAGCCGCUAUCCAGGAUGACCACAGCCUGGUGAGUGAGGAGAAGCAGAAGCUGCUCCAGGAGAAGGAGAAGAUGAUAGAGCACCUGCGGAGGGAGCAGGAGGCCACGGAGCUGUUGGCCAUCAAGUACAAGGCCAUGGAGAGCAAGCUGCUCAUCGGGGGCAGGACCAUUGUGGACCACACCAACGAGCAGCAGAAGAUGCUGGAGCUGAGGCGGCAGGAGAUCGCCGAGCAGAAACGCCGGGAGCGCGAGAUGCAGCAGGAGAUGCUGCUGAGGGACGAGGAGACCAUGGAGCUGCGGGAGACCUUCACGUCCCUGCAGCAGGAGGUGGAGAUCAAAACCAAGAAGCUGAAGAAGCUCUACGCCAAGCUCCAGGCUGUGAAGGCCGAGAUCCAGGACCAGCACGAUGAGUACAUCCGUGUGCGCCAGGACCUGGAGGAGGCCCAGAACGAGCAGACGAGGGAGCUGAAGCUCAAGUACUUGAUCAUCGAGAACUUCAUCCCUCCCGAGGAGAAGAACAAGAUCAUGAACCGCCUGUACUUCGACAGCGAUGAGGACCAGUGGAAAUUCCAGCCACUGGUUCCCACUGGAGGGAACAGCUCCCAGAUGAAGAGGCGACCGACCUCUGCUGUGGGCUACAAGAGACCCAUCAGCCAGUACGCACGGGUGGCCAUGGCCAGGAGAUCCCACCCACGCUUCCGGGCUGAGAACAUCAUGUUCCUGGAGCUGGACCUGUCCCCCCCGGCCAUCUUUGAGUUUGAGCGCAGCAGGGACCCGGCGGAGCAGGACCCGCGGGCGCUGCACCUGGAGAGGCUGAUGCACCUGGACAGUCUCCUGGAGCGGCCGGCGGCCUCCCGCGUGCGCAAAUCCCGCUCCUGGUGCCAGACGCCGCGGUCGCUGCCAUCCUCCACCACCCACGUGUCCCUCGCCUCCAGCUCCCCGUGCUCCGCCCCAGUGCCGGCCCAGGAGUGACGGCCCGGACGGCCCGGACUGAGUCCCCGAGGGGGGCCCGGCCCAGCAGGCUCAGCUCGUCCUGGUCCUCAGCUACUUUGUGUGUGUUUGUGAGACACGGACGGCCCCGGGCCAGGGUGGCUGCCCCUCCCUCCCUCCUCCUCCUCCCCUUCCUCCGCCCCCCUGAUCCGGAUCUGUCACUUUA